AUGCAAUUUACUUUAUUCCGUAAAAUACUGAAAAAUGUUUAUCUAUCUGCUAAGAUUUUUCAUCACCCGAGAACAUUCACCACCACUUGUGUCUAUUUCAAUCGUCAAACGUUCAAUAUCGGUGAUUCCGUGCAGAUUGAAAGAUUUUUCACUCAGGAUGAUGUAGCCAUUUUCGCUCGUUUAACACAUGAUGAUAAUCCCAUUCAUUUAGAUGAAACGGUAGCAAUUGAAAAAAAUUUUGCUAAACCUAUAGUUCAUGGUGCUCUAAUCAAUGGAGUCAUAUCUUCUAUAAUUGGAACUAAACUUCCGGGACAUGGUAGCAUCUUAAUAGAACAAGAUUUACAUUUUCCUAAUCCUUGUAAUAUUUGUUGGCGAGAAAUUUAUCACCAAAGUAACGAUUGCAGAUCGCAAACUUAUUCUGCUCGAGCAAAACCAUUUCUGAGAGAUAUCGGUGUUACUCAUGUCUUGAAUUGUGCUCUAAAUCAAUGUUUGACAUAUAAUGAUACGAAAUUCGAUCAAGAAUAUUAUGAAGAUUUUCGGAUCAAAUUCAAAGGACUUGAACUGGAUGAUAUAUGCUCGGAAAACAUUGCACGUUAUUUUGAUGAAGCAAUUGAAUUUAUCGACGAUGCCAUGGCAAGCGGUGGUAAAGUUCUAGUACAUUGUUUGGCUGGCAUUAGUCGUUCGGCAACAAUCACGAUUGCUUAUCUUAUGAAACGGCAUUCAAUGACCAUCGAAAAUGCAAUCAAAACAGUUAAACAAAACAGACGUAUAUAUCCGAAUGAAGGUUUUCUUAAACAAUUGGUUGAAUUAGAUUUUAAACUACGAAAACGAUCGGUCAAUCGAUAAACCGAAAUUCCAAUAUCAUUCUUUUUUCUUACUCAAUUAUUUUAUGUUUUCAAACAUUGAUGAAUUAUCAUUGUUUUUCUUUUCAUGAUUAGA